UUUGAAUGACCAAUUUGACCAAUGAAACGAAUGACCAUGAAGAAGUGACAAAGUGACAAUCAAAUAAUCUGCAAACGAAUCGUUCCCUAGUUUUAAUAUUUUAUUUAUGACACCACCCAAGCUUUGAAAUUAACAUAUAUUGUCUUAAGUUACAGUAUUAACCACUACUUUAAUUAAAACUACAUUUUUUACUGAAUGUUUGCUUCUGGAAGACAGAAAACAUGCCUUUGGCGAAUUCCUCCGAUCCUUGGCGAAUGCAGAUGCAGAAUGUUGGUGAUACCAUGCGAGGUCUCAGUAACCAAUCAACAAACAGUCUUCCGAUGGUUGUUGAAAAUUUAGCUGAAUCCCGUCAAACUUCGACAACUGAAAGCCUUGAUUCAAGUGAUAUCAGUUAUGAACGGGAAGUGGAAUUACAAGAUGUUGUCAAGGAGGGCCACGAGAAGGCGGAUCCAUCACAAUUUGAAUUGCUCAAAGUCCUCGGUGAAGGUUCCUUUGGAAAAGUAUUUUUAGUAAGAAAAGUUAGUGGUGCUGAUACUGGAACUCUUUACGCUAUGAAGGUACUUAAGAAAGCUACAUUAAAAGUAAGAGAUAGAGAACGUACAAAAAUGGAGAGAAAUAUUUUAGUAGAAAUGGGCCAUCCAUUUAUUGUUAAAUUACAUUACGCCUUUCAAACUGCGGGCAAAUUAUAUUUAAUACUGGACUUCCUUCGUGGCGGCGACCUAUUUUCGCGACUGAGUAAAGAGGUAAUGUUUACAGAAGAAGAUGUUAAGUUUUAUCUAGCUGAGCUAGCUUUAGCCUUAGAACAUGUUCAUAAGUUGGGUAUCAUAUACAGGGAUCUAAAACCUGAAAAUAUUUUGUUAGACGCAGACGGUCAUAUAGCUCUUACCGAUUUUGGUCUUUCAAAACUUCCUCCCAGUAGUGAUAAAGCUUACAGUUUCUGCGGCACUGUUGAAUAUAUGGCACCGGAAGUUGUUAAUAGAAAAGGACAUUCCUUUGCUGCUGAUUGGUGGUCUUUUGGAGUACUUAUGUUUGAGAUGCUAACAGGCAACUUACCAUUCCACGGUUCAACAAGACAUGAAACUAUGACACAGAUUUUGAAAGCCAAACUUGGUAUGCCUUCAAAUUUAAGUGAAGAAGCUCAAUCGUUACUCCGUGCAUUGUUUAAACGAAAUCCAUUGAAUAGAUUAGGUGCUGGCCCUAACGGCAUUGAAGAUAUAAAAAACCAUGAAUUCUUUACAAGCAUUGAUUGGGAAGCACUAGUCAAGAAAGAGGUGAUUCCACCAUUCCGGCCGGCGGUGUCGAGAGCCGACGACGCAUUUUACUUCGACUCAGAAUUCACGUGCAGAACUCCGCGCGACUCCCCCGGAGUACCCGCCUCGGCUAAUGCACACGAGUUAUUCAGAGGAUUCAGUUUCGUAGCGCCAUGUUUGCUCAAUGACGACAACAAAACCCUCGUGAACCAAAAUGAAAAUCACGCGCCACAAGCGAAGACAUCCACCGAAGAGUUUUGGUCUGGUUUUGUGAAUAGAAAUAACUUCUUUGAUGAAUACAGAUUAAUGGGUGAAUUAGGAACAGGGUCGUUUUCCGUCGUCCGUCUCUGCGAGCACAAAACCUCUAGAGUCCAAUAUGCUGUUAAAAUUAUGGACAAAAUGCAAUAUGACCCUCGUGAAGAAAUUGAAAUUUUGUUAAGAUACAGCCAGCACCCGCACAUAGUGACGCUGCGCGGCGUGUACGCGGAGGGCGGGCGCAUCCUCGCGGUGACGGAGCUGUGCCGCGGCGUGCUGACUGAAAGGUUUUUUAUCGACUUCAAGGAAACUUCCUCAUUUCGAUUGGCGAUGACGUCAUCCCCGUUGACCCCGCAAGUGCUGGGCCCCGUGACGCAGUCGACGCUGGCGCAGCGCCGCAUUGGCCCGCAGCGCCGCUUCCCGCACACGCAGGUAUAACGUAUACCACAAAAUACCUAUUAAAACAAAGAGGUUAAGAAAUAUAUAGACAAUUCACUUGAGACAUUUUUCACAUGCGACAUGUCAAUAUAAUUAAUUGUAAUCAUGGAUAUACUACUAGAACAACAGGAUUGAGCUGUUGUCGAAAAAUUGACGGCGAGCGAGACCCCAAUAAUUAACCCUUCUAUCCCUAUCUGGCAAUGGUGACCAUGUUAAAAUAUGAUUUUAGGACAAA